GAGAGAAAUAUAACAAGGUGGCGGUUCAAGGAAGUAGUGCUUGUGUGUUCGCUUGGAAUUCUGCUUGGAAAGGGGAAUGGGCUGGCUGAGGUUUAGACCACUCACCUUUCUAACUCCGUGAUGAUGGACAGUUCAAUAAACGCGGGAUGGCACAAGAAGAAAGUAUGAAUUUAAAGCCAAGAACAUCAAGAAGAAAAAAGUCAACAUAGUGGUGUCUGUGGAUGGGGUCAAAGUCGUUCUGAGAAAAAAGAAGAAGCUUCCUAUGUUUUCACAGAAAAAAGAAUGGACCUGGGAUGAGAGCAAGAUGCUGGUGAUGCAGGACCCCAUCUACAGGAUAUUCUAUGUAUCCCAUGAUUCCCAAGACCUGAAGAUUUUUAGCUACAUUGGCAGGGAUGGUGCAAGCAACGUGUUCCGGUGUAAUGUCUUCAAGUCCAAGAAAAAGAGUCAAGCCAUGAGGAUUGUGAGAACAGUGGGGCAGGCAUUUGAGGUCUGCCACAAACUCAGUCUGCAGCACACGCAGCAGAACGCUGACGGGCAGGAAGAUGGGGACAGUGAAAAGAAUAGCGAUGACUCUGGGGUUCCAGCCCGCCAACUGACGGGAGCGGAGAAGUCCGUCGCAGAGGAGACUGACAUUGACGCCGAGGAAGUGCCCUUACCUGACAGCACCGUCGAUGAGUUCAACCGCGGGGUGACUGACCUGGAUGCGGCCAAGACUGAACAAGAUACCUAUAACGAGAAGAAGAUCUCAGAAGAGAAUAUUCUGCUGGCGACUCCCAAGAUGCUGCUGCCACCGUCGUCAAGCCAACUUCCUCCAGGAACUCCCCUCUCGGUGCACCACCAAAUUCAGCUCCUCCAGCAACAACUGCAGCAGCAGCAACAGCAGACACAAGUGUCCGUGGCGCAGGUUCACCUGUUGAAAGACCAGCUGUCGGCGGAAGCGGCAGCCCGAAUUGAGGCCCAGGCCCGGGUCCACCAGCUCCUGCUGCAAAACAAAGACAUGUUACAGCACAUCUCACUGCUGGUGAAGCAGGUGCAGGAGCUGGAGCUGAAAUUAUCUGGACACAACUCAACGGGCUCUCAGGACAGCUUACUAGAGAUCACGUUCCGUGCAAACGUGCCGCCCGUGCUGUGCGACCCGACCACCCCGAAGCCGGAAGACGUCACACUGCCGCAGCUCAAUGACGGGACACAGCUCUCAAUGCCGCUGGGCAGCCCCUUAGGUAGGGACAAUUGCCUGGUAAAACUAGAGUGCUUCCGCUUCCUUCCCGGCCCACCCCAGCAAGGAAAGGGCCCUGAGCAGCAACCUCUUGUGUCGUCCCAGGAUGACUUCCUGGGCAGCCUAGAGUUCCUCAAGUUCCGUGAGUCGGGGAUCGCCUCGGAGUACUCGUCAAACACAGAUGAGAGUGAUGAGCUGGACAGCUGGGGUCAUGACGACGGCUCCCUGCGGCUCUUCAAUGUGCUGUAUAAAGAGGGCCCGCCAGACUGCCUGGACGAUGAGAUUGCUGUCUAAAUCAAAAUUUUCAGUUUUGGUGUAAGCUUUACCAGUAGUCCAGCUGGCUAUUCAAAACCACCUCUGUGUUUUAAACUGUGAAAUGUCACCACCUGCACCAUGUUACUGCUCUUGCUUCAGUGCUCAUUCCAGGCACAACAUUAGGCGCACCUGUUUCCAGAAGACUAUGCCAUUACAUUUGCACAGUGCGUUUGCCAGGCGUGUAGAUGUUAGGGUGGAAAAUAUUUCAGUGGUCUUGCAUGCAUGUUUCAAGCACUAAAUCACAGGAACAGAUGGUGACUCCACUUGCACAGUGUAAUAUCCACAUGUGUUUUUACAGUUGGGUUUGUUCUAGAGGUUGCUUAGAUGUUUCAAUUACUAGCGCUGGGAUUUCAAGGGCAUGACAUUUGUCUCGAUUUCAAUGAAGUGUUCUAUGGUAGACAAAGAACCACCAUAAUUUUGAUCUUGGGGUAAAUCAGAGUGUUGUUUGUAUAACAGUGCCAUAAGGUGUUGUGAUAGAAGAUCUGUUCAGAUGCUAACAUGUAACAUGCCACACACAGGUGAAAAUGCCUUGACUGUAUUGACACUGAGAAGUUGAUCUUAUAUAUAUAGUCAUAGCAGCCAAUAAUGAGAAAUCUCAGUACCUGUUAAAAUAAGGUCAUAUGUUAAAAUCUGUUAGUGCAAGUUAUUAUUUAUGUUACUUUGUUAUUUUAAAUCUCAUUGGCUGAUUUAAACUUGUGCAGGGUGUUGAGCUGUGCGUCUCACACAUUAGUAACAUCCAGAUUAGCUGAGCACAAGUGGCAGCACUGGAUCAUUCAAAAUAAGCCACAAAGGGCCAGGUGCCUAUUCAAACCUGUAACCAAAUAUAAAUGGGUAUGGAAUAAAUGUCAGAGAAAGCUAGAUCUAAUGAGUUGUAUGUCAAUACCACUAUACUCUGCUUAUUUAUGAGGAGUCCCUUUCUAGCUAAGAAUUUACUUUAGCCUGAGCCUGAUUGCUAUUUAACACUGUGUGUUAGGGGUAUAAAAACACCACAGUAGCCAAGAAGGCUGUAACAGGAUGCUUCAGUAAGUAAGGGAAUGAUUUCAAUUGAAUUUACGAUGUGAAUGUUGGAAGGUUAAUGAGUCUCUACGCAUCAAUCUAACUGUUACUAAUAUUGCAACAAGGACUCCUCUGUGGGAUACAUGGGGGAUAGUGGUAGUGAUAGAG